GGCAUCAUAUUGGCCUGUGAUGAUUGUCAAAUGUUUAGACAGAGACUCUAAUAUCUAUACUCUUCGGUGACCGAACAUCGCUUUCCAGUUAUCACAUUCGCUUGGCUUGUAGGUGGAACACCAGGACAUUGGUAUUCUUAAUUGUCUAUAAUUUGUUCAUCUAUUUCAGUCGUCUGGACGUUACUGUUCCCGCUAUUCUCACUUCUGAAUCUCAUAUUCGUAUCAACCCUGGCGGCUUGCUUUGUUUCCACUUUGCUACUCAAACUUCAUCGACACUACAGAUGACAAACGGAACAUCACAAACAUCACCGUCGCCAUCCUCACAUAAAGAUGGUUAGGCUUAGGUUGGCUACCUGGCUCCACCCUACCUCUCCCACUCCCCAUCCUGUAAAUACAGACCACAUAAAACAAAAUCUCAGGCCCACAACUGAGAUACCGACAGCCUCAUCAGAGGAAAAAAAACAUCAUCUCCAAAUAUACCAGAGAGAAGAAUCUGGUAUUAAUCUUUCUCACCUUUCCCACACAAAUAACCCCAUCACACCACCUACCCCCCCGCCCAUCAUGGCACCCUCCAAAAUGAUUACUCUCGCGCAGAAGAUCAGCUCCGAGACCGAAAAGGUCGAGGCUUAUUUUCAGGAACACGGUCUACAGACCCCCAACUUCGAUGUGGACGCGCCUAGCGACUUUCCUGAGAUGCCUGAUGACAUCUCUCGAAGCCGCCGCGAGAUCAUUCACGCGACGAAGGAACUUCAGGAUCUCAUGGUCGGUCCUCGAGAAUCUGUGCGAUGGAUGGCCUGGAAUUUCAUGGACACACAGAGCUUGCAGCUCUUGAACCACUAUGAGAUUGCAAAACUUGUUCCCAUCGAUGGAUCAAUCACGCUGUCGGAGCUUCAGACUAAGACUACUCUGGACCCUACCAAUCUCGCACGACUCCUCCGUCAUGGCAUGGUCAACCACCUCUUCCAUGAACCUGAGGCGGGCGUGAUCACACACACGGCAGCAUCCCGACUUCUGCUCGAGGAUGAAUCGCUCCAGUCUUGGGUCGCCUUCAACACCAAGGACGUGUACCCGGCAUCGGCGCACGUGAUCGACGCCUUGAAGAAGUACCCCGAGGCCACGGGCCUCAUGCAGACGGGCUUCAACUUCGCGUUCAACACGGUUGACUCAGAACCGAUGUUCGUAACGAUCGGUAAGGAUCCGAAGAGAGCCAAGCGUAUGGGGCAGGCCAUGACGAGCCUUACCGGUGGAGAAGGGUACGAGCUAUCGUACAUCACGCAAGGCUGCGAUCUAGCCUCCGUAGACGCGCGAGGCGGCACUCUGGUCGACCUAGGCGGCAGCCACGGGUUCGUGUCGCUGUACCUGGCGAAACAGUUCCGCAACAUGAAGUUCGUGGUGCAAGACCUGGCCAACACGAUUGACAGCGCUCCGAAGCCUGUCUGCGCCGACGCUAAGAUCGCUAAGCGCAUCCGCUUCCAGGUGCACGACUUCUUUAAGGAGCAGCCCGUGCGCGGCGCUGAUGUCUACUACUUCCGUUGGAUCAUGCAUAAUCACUCGACUCCCUACGCUGUUCAGAUCAUUCGUAACCUCAUCCCGGCUCUGAAGCCCGGUGCGCGUAUUAUCGUGAACGAUUUGUGUCUCAGCGAGCCCGGCGUCGAGACUCCGUGGGACGAGCGCCUUAUGAGGAGCAUGGACCUCGUGAUGAUGACGCUGCUGAACGCGCAGGAGCGCGGAGAGGAGGAUUUUCGUCAGUUGUUCAAGCUGGCUGGAGAUGGCUUCGUUUUCAAGGUGAGUUAUUUUAUUCCUAGCACUAACCAUCCAUAUGUUUAGAAGGGGAGGGGGGAGGGUGUUGGUAUGAGAUGAGAUGAAAGAAGAGUAUAGAUGCUGACUACCUAUUCAUCACAGGGUGUUACCAGACCUAAGAACAGCCGCAUGAGCCUUAUUGAGGCCGUGUGGAUGCCCGACGAACCCGACCGAGCUUCCACGGCGGAAAGCGACCCUCCCCUACAGCCUGCCCUCAUCUAGAGGCGGCAAACGCGCAC